GGAAGAAACCAGAGCAGAGGGAGGAAGGACGAAAGUUCAAGUGUGACGGAGCAGAAAUCCAGUCCAGAAGAGUGCUGUUCGUCUCUGAAAGAAGGUCAAGCGAGUCCAUCGGGUUUUCCUCCACAACUCAGCAAAGUCUCUGAAACACUGAGAACCAGCAUGUCUGCCGGCAGCAACCUGAGAUCUGCAGAUCAGUUCCUGUGCUCCAUCUGUCUGGAUGUGUUCACUGAUCCAGUCACCACACCAUGUGGACACAACUAUUGUAAAACCUGCAUCACUCAUUUCUGGGACGAUAAUGUUCUCUACAAGUGUCCUUUAUGUCAGGAGAUGUUCCACACCAGACCGCAGCUGAAAGUCAACACCUUCAUCAGAGAGAUGGUUUCUGAGUUCAGACGUGAAGCUGAACAGAAAUCCAGCAGCAGCAGCUCAGAGCAACAAGCUGCAGAACCAGGAGAAGUUCCCUGUGACGUCUGCACUGGAACCAGACUGAAGGCCCUGAAGUCCUGCUUGGUGUGUCAGGCCUCCUACUGUGAGACUCACCUGGAGCCUCAUCUGACAAUGUCAGGCCUGAAAAGACAUCAGCUGGUGGAGCCUGUGGAGAACCUGGAGGACAGGAUUUGUACGAAGCACGAUAAACCUCUGGAGCUGUUCUGUAAGACCGACCAGACAUGUGUCUGCACGCUCUGCCCGCUUUUAGACCACAAGAAUCAUGAGUUUGUUCCUCUGAGAGAAGAAUAUGAAGGAAAGAAGGCAGAUCUGCAGAAGACAGAGGCUGAGAUUCAGAAGAUGAUCCAGAAGAGACGACUGAAGAUUCAGGAGAUCAAAGAGUCUCUGAAGAUCAGUAACGAUGCUGCAGACAGAGAGAAAGCAGAAGGUGUUCAGGUCUUCACUGAUCUGAAGGAGUCUGUUGAGAGACGUCUGAAGGAGUUCAUGAAGGAGAUGGAAGACAAACAGAAAACUGCAGAGAAACAGGCUGAAGACUUCAUCAAAGAUCUGGAACAGGAAAUCUGUGAGCUGAAGAAGAGGAGCUCUGAGGUGGAGCAGCUCUCACGCUCUGAAGAUCACCUCCACCUCCUCCAAAGAUUCUCAUCCCUGGAAGAUGCUCCACCCACCAAGAACUGGACAGAGGUCAGAGUCCAUCCACCUUCAUAUGAGGGGACUGUGGUGAGAGCUGUGGAGCAGCUGGAUAAGAACCUCAGAGAGAAGAUGAAGAAGCUGCUUGAAGCUGAGCUGAGGAGGAUCCAGCAGUUUGAAGCUGAUGUGACUCUUGAUCCUUAUACAGCAAAUCCCUGGCUCAUCUUGUCUGAAGAUGGAAAACAAGUGUAUGAUGGUGAUGUGAAGAAGAAUCUUCCAGAUAAUCCAGAGAGAUUCUUUCCAUGUCCUUGUGUUUUAGGAAAACAAAGUUUCUCUUCAGGCAGAUUUUACUUUGAGGUUCAGGUUAAAGGAAAGACUAAAUGGGAUGUCGGAGUGGCCAGAGAGUCAGUCAACAGGAAGGGAAUAAUCCCCAUGAGUCCUCAGAAUGGUUACUGGACUGUUGGUCUGAUAAAAGGAAACGAGUACGAAGCUGCUAAUGAUCCUUUAGUCCGUCUCCAUCCCAGUUCUCCUCCUGAGAAGUUGGGGGUGUUUGUGGAUUAUGAGGAGGGUCUGGUCUCCUUUCAUGAUGUAGAUGCUGCAGCACUUCUCUACUCCUUUACUGGCUGCUCCUUCAGGGAGAAACUCCACCCGUUAUUCAGUCCUUGUAACAAUGAUGGAGGUAAAAACUCUGCUCCUCUGAUCAUCUGUCCUGUCAAUCAAACUGUCUGAUCUUUUAUGUAAUGAAUCUUCAUCAACUCUGAAUGUUCAUUGUGUGUGUGUGUGCGUGCGCGUGUGUGUGUGUGUGUGUGUGUGUGUUAUAUAAAUAUAAAUAUAUAGUGUUAUAUAAUAUAAAUAUUUUAUAUAGAUUAUUAUAUUAAUAUUACUAUUAGAGCAGAGAGAGGACUUUUUUAGUAUUUUUAUUAUAUUUUUUUAUAUUAAUUUAAGGAGACAGAGAAGGAUCUUACAGACCUCAAAUAAGAAUGCAUCUACUUGUGUGAUGUCAAGGGUCAUCCACCAUGAAUUGCACUUCAAUUUGAUCAAAAACACGCUCUGGUCCAAUUAUUCUUUGAUAAUACGUUAAUAAGUUUCAGUUAACUUGUAUUUUUCUGUCUGUAAUGUGUAAUGUGGAGUUAUUUCACCUUUUCUUUUAACAUAUUCUGAAUAAUACACUUGAAUUUGGUUUGUUAAAUAUUGUUAAGUUACCUUUUAAGAUUUAGACAAAUUAUUCUUCAGAUUUAAACUGGAAAAUGGAACUAACUAUCUAUCUAUCUAUCUAUCUAUCUAUCUAUCUAUCUAUCUAUCUAUCUAUCUAUCUAUCUAUCUAUCUCUGCUUUUCUUUCACAAAUGUGGGAAUGAUGGUCCAAACUUGUGUUUAAAUGUACAAAACAGUGAAGUUUAUUUUGUCUCGCUGAACUCUGAUUGCUCAGCACGCCUAAAGUUCUGAUCCUAGAAUCAACCCUGGAUAAUAUUAUUACAUUUGUUUGUUGUACUUCUAUCUUUUACCUGUUUUUUGUUCCUCCUCUUUUUAAAGGAACAUUUGAGAUUUUCCAGUCAAAUAUAACAUCAUGUGAUCUAAUUGUAACAUCUGUCUGCAAGUGUGAAUGAUACUACAAUCUCUGAUGAUGGAAAGAGUGAAAACUGCUGGAUUGUUGAAUUUUCUCCUG